AGGUAAGGUAAUCUUGGUGACUGGAAAUCCAAGAAUCAAAGACCUGUUCAGCCAGUUCUUUUUGUGUUGGGAAAACAUUGCUUCAAGAGAUCUACCUUGCUCAGAGUCAGCCCCGCAAAUAUAUAAGUGAACGUUGCCUGAAUCUCCUCCAUCGACUUCUGGCCGAGAACGACUUAAGAGCCUGAGGUUCCACAAUCCAGGACUCAGCUCCCACCCGGGUCUCCAGGAAGGAGGAGAGCCCAUCACACGCUUGCUUCUCUUGGAUUCCAGGUUGGAAACUGAGUCAGGCACCUAGCAGCGGAGAGAAACAGGGAUCAGAGUCCAAUUUAUCUGUUCUCUGCAGUCUGUCGGAGAAACUCUGCUGGACAGCAAGAGUCUGAAGAUUGGACGGGAACUGACUCACGUGGAAUCUUUUCACGACAAGACCAAGUAACAGAGUCUGGAACAUGUCAUCCCUGUUCUCGAGGGACACCAAGAGCUUGGUCAGAGAGCUGGGCAGGAAAGAUGAACUGGUGCCUGUGAACAGCCUGGCCAGUGCCCUGCACCUGCGCCUCUUCUGCCUGGUGAGGAAGAAGCACAGGCACCACCUUUGCCCUUGGGACCCCCUCAUCGCCACGGACUUCUCCCUCAUGGAUGCCUUAGAGCCUGGCUCCCCCAUCCCAGAGGUGAGCCGGAGUGAACCCAUCCACAUCCAGGAGACGGUGGCAGCAGCCAUGAUGGGGGCCAUGAGCAUGGGCACCAGCGGGCUGCUGGGGAAUGUGACCGGGGGCGGCGUGGCGACCCGCAGCUCUGCCCUGGCUGUGCAGACUCUCAGGGUGUCCCCCAGCACCUGGGAGACUCUGGUGGAGACGAGGAAACUGAGGACUCCGAGGCCCUUGUUCCUCAGGGAUCUGCUGAGCCAGAAGCGGGAGAGCCUGUACGUGGUGACGGAGGCCGUGGAGGUUAUGGAGGCCACCACGCUUCAGAGCCUCAGCGGAGCAGAGGGAGCAGGGCAGCUGUCCUUCCUCGGGCUGGGCCUUCUCAAGGUACAGGGGGGCCACAUUCAGGGUGCGGGGGUGCUGAGAGCCACCGAGGAGCCCCACCCCGCCACCCGAAUGCCGGCCAAAGAGCUGCCCCACUGAAGACCCACGUGCACCAGGAGUGGAGUUCCCGGGCGCUUGGGUCUUGUGUCGUGGUUCUCAA